AUGGGAUAUCCUGAUAACUUCGAAGGUUUUGCAGUUACUGAUACUGCACAAUGGAAUACAGUUAAGAAAAUCGACUUUACCCCAAAGCCUUUUGGUCCAAAAGAUAUAGAUAUCAAGAUCAAAGCUUGUGGGGUUUGUGGUAGUGAUGUCCAUUGUGUUACUGGAGGUUGGGCUCAACCUGAUUUACCAGUCAUUCCUGGUCAUGAAAUCGUUGGAGAAGUUGUAAGAGUAGGUGAUGGAGUUGAAAAUGGUUUCAAAGUAGGUGAUCGUGUUGGAGUUGGUGCUCAAGCUUGGGCCUGUUUGGAAUGUGAAACUUGUAAAGAUGAAAAUGAAACUUAUUGUCCAGAUUGGGUUGACACUUACAAUGAUAAAUAUCCUGAUGGUUCUAAAUCUUGGGGUGGUUACUCUUCCCAUGUUAGAAUUCAUGAACAUUUUGUGUUCCCUAUUCCAGAAGCUUUAGAAAGUAACGAUGUGGCUCCAAUGUUAUGUGCUGGUAUUACUACUUAUUCUCCUUUGGUUAGAAAUGGUGUAGGUCCAGGUUCAAAUGUUGGGAUCAUUGGUAUUGGUGGUUUAGGUCAUUUUGCCAUUAUGUUUGCUAAAGCUUUAGGUGCUAAUGUUUAUACUUUUUCUAGAACUAAUAGUAAAAAAGAUGAUGCUAUUGAAUUAGGAACUGAUCAUUUCAUUGCUACUUUUGAAGAUAAAGAUUGGUCUUCUAAAUAUGCCAGAAAACUUGAUAUUAUCAUCUCAUGUGGUAAUUCUUCAAAGAAUUUCGAUUUAGAUGGUUAUCUUAAAUGUCUUAAAGUUCAUGGUAAAUUAAUCAGUGUUGGUUUACCAGAAGAACCUUUCACUGUUAGUCCAGGAGAUUUCAUCAAGAAUGGAACUUUACUUGGAUCUUCACAUUUAGGAAGUAGAAGAGAAAUGUUAGAAAUGCUUGAUUUGGCUGCUAAAAAUGGUAUUAAAGCCUGGCACGAAGAUUUAAAGGUGGGGGAGAAAGGAAUUGGAGAAGCAUUGGAAAGAUGUCAUAACAAUGAUGUGAAAUAUAGAUUUGUCUUAACCGAUUAUGAUAAAGCUUUCAAUUAA